GCUCGAAGGGCGGAAGUUGCUGGCCGGCGGCAUUUGGGAGAGGUACCGCCGGAAGUGGUGAAGUGCCACGCCUGUGGAGGCGGAGCAAAAAAGGUUGAGGUUCCAUUCACCGGUAUUCCGGCGUUCAGGCAGGUAGGAGAUAGUGACGUGAGGCCUUUGCAGGCGUGAGUGCCACCGGCACCUCUGCUCUCACCAGCCCGGCGGGGAAAGGCGGAAAUACGGAAUGCGACCGAAUGCCAGAGAAUAACAGUUGAGAGGGCCAAGAUGUCCAACCUGAGAAUAUUUGCAGUGAAUCAUAAGAAAAUAUCCAGCUUGCACAUUGACAAUGUGUGUUGCUCUAAAAUAAGAGCAAAUCUAAGAAGAUUAAAGCUACAUCUGCCUCAUGGAAGAAAUUAUAGUUCCCUACCAGGUAUAAUAGGAAAUGAUGUCAAGUCCCUUCAUUCCAUCAUCAGUCCUCCUAUUACUAAAAUCCGUAAUAUUGGAAUUAUGGCUCAUAUUGAUGCAGGCAAAACUACCACCACAGAAAGAAUACUGUAUUAUUCUGGAUACACAAGAUCACUGGGAGAUGUUGAUGACGGAGAUACAGUGACAGAUUUCAUGGCUCAAGAGCGAGAACGAGGCAUAACUAUUCAAUCAGCUGCUGUUACAUUCGAUUGGAAGGGGUAUAGAAUCAAUCUAAUUGAUACACCAGGUCAUGUGGACUUUACUUUGGAGGUUGAGCGCUGCCUAAGAGUGUUGGAUGGUGCAGUGGCUGUGUUUGAUGCCUCUGCUGGUGUAGAGGCACAAACUCUCACAGUAUGGAGGCAAGCUGAUAAACACAAGAUACCUCGAAUCUGUUUUUUAAACAAGAUGGACAAAACUGGAGCAAGUUUUAACUAUGCAGUUGAAAGCAUCAGAGAGAAGUUGAAGGCAAAACCUUUACUUUUACAGUUACCAAUUGGUGAAGCCAAAACUUUCAAAGGAGUGGUGGAUGUAGUAAACAAAGAAAAACUUCUUUGGAAUCUCAAUUCAGAUGAUGGAAAAAACUUUGAGAGAAAACCCCUCUUGGAAGUGAGCGAUCCUCAAUUGCUGAAGGAGACAACAGAAGCAAGGAAUGCCUUAAUUGAACAAGUUGCAGAUUUGGAUGAUGAAUUUGCUAACUUGGUUUUAGGAGAAUUUAGUGAAAAUUUUGAUUUACUACCAGCUGAAAAGCUACAAACUGCAAUACACAGAGUAACGCUUGCUCAGACAGCAGUGCCUGUGCUUUGUGGAAGUGCCCUGAAAAACAAAGGGGUCCAGCCCUUGUUAGAUGCUAUCACCAUGUAUUUGCCUUCACCUGAAGAGCGCAACUAUGAAUUUUUGCAGUGGUAUAAGGGUGACUUAUGUGCAUUGGCAUUUAAAGUUCUUCAUGACAAACAGCGAGGACCACUGGUUUUUAUGCGCAUUUACUCAGGCAUGAUAAAACCCCAGUUGGCCAUCCAUAAUAUUAAUGGAAACUGCACGGAGAGAAUAAGUCGUCUGCUUUUGCCAUUUGCUGAUCAACAUGUAGAAAUUCCUUCACUGACUGCUGGUAACAUUGCUUUGACUGUUGGGCUUAAACAUACUGCCACUGGAGACACCAUCGUCUCAUCCAAGUCCAGCGCGUUAGCUGCAGCUCGUCGAGCCGAGAGGAAGGGAGAAAAGAAGCAUAGAGAAAACAAUGAAGCAGAGAGGCUUUUAUUGGCUGGGGUAGAGAUUCCAGAGCCUGUGUUCUUCUGUACCAUAGAACCUCCUUCAGUGGCUAAGCAGCCAGAUUUGGAUCAUGCAUUGAAAUGCCUUCAGCGCGAAGAUCCCAGUUUGAAAGUGAAGCUAGAUCCUGACUCUGGACAAACUAUCCUUUGUGGUAUGGGAGAGUUACAUAUUGAAAUUAUUCAUGACCGAAUCAAGAGGGAAUAUGGACUGGAAACCUAUCUAGGACCCCUGCAGGUAGCAUACCGCGAGACCAUCCUAAAUUCAGUUCGUGCCACAGAUGCCUUAGAUAGAACUUUAGGAGACAAACGGCAUCUUGUGACUGUGGAACUGGAAGCAAAGCCACUUGAAACAUCAUCCCUUCAGCCAGUGAUCGAUUAUGCCCAAAGCGUUACCCAAGACCUUUCGCAGGCCUCUCAAGAGGCCGUUGAAAACGGCAUUCAUAGUGCAUGCCUCCAAGGACCAUUGCUUGGAUCCCCAAUUCAAGAUGUGGCAGUUACUUUACAUUCACUGGUAAUUCAUCCUGGUACCUCUACAACUAUGAUUUCUGCUUGUGUCUCAAGAUGCAUGCAAAAGGCUCUGAAGAAAGCUGAUAAGCAAAUUUUGGAGCCCCUGAUGAAUCUCGAGGUUACAGUACCUAGAGAUUAUCUCAGCCCUGUCCUAGCAGAUCUGGCACAAAGAAGAGGGAAUAUUCAGGAAAUCCAGACUCGUCAGGACAACAAAGUUGUUAUUGGAUUUGUUCCCUUAGCAGAAAUUAUGGGUUAUUCUACUGUGCUUCGGACGUUAACAUCAGGCUCGGCUACUUUUGCCUUAGAGCUGUCUAAUUAUCAAGCCAUGAAUCCUCAAGACCAAAGUACGCUGCUCAGCCGGAGAAGUGGCUUGACCUAAGUACAUGAGGUCCUUGGAGAGAAACGCAGGAGCACCCCUACCUCCUUCCAGUGAGAACAGUUUAAAUGAUAGAACUUGCAAAUGGACAGUGGCACAGAUGGUGAAGGUUUGUAUAUCUAUGCAGUUAUUAUUGUCAGUAGUCAAGAUUCGGUCCUUUAGAAUAUAUUGAGUAAUAGCACAACGUUUUAGCUGGUUGAUUUUAAGCUUCUCUCACAAGAAAGGUGUCAGUCUUUAUAUAUAAUAAGACAGAGGUUUAAUCAACAAAAAAGAUAUUUUAUUCAAAAACAUGGUAUUACAUUCAUAUUGAUUGUAGUACAGAUUACUGUGGGCUUCUCCCUCCUCUGUUUCAGCUCAUUUUUACAUUCUGUGCUCAUGGUUACAGUAGCCAGUAAAGAGAGGUUCUGCAGCUAUUCCUCGCCUGUAGGACAGAUAAAAUACAAAAGAUGUUUUUGGUUGAUGUAACUCAUCUCUUGAGGAACUUAGUAGCUCAACUCAGAAUCACUAAACCAUACUAAUAAUUAUUGAAAAAAACAGAUGAAAGUCCAAACAUGUUCUCCUUGGAGGUACUGUUCUCUCAGCUACAAAAAAUAGCUCCCAAUUUCUCUUGAUUAAAUCACUCUUUCUGUUUAUAUUAGCUAAUACUAAAUAAGGUUAAAAACCAGGCUGUAUUUCAUCAUAGCCUAGCUUGAAAAAUGAAUUCGUCUUACCUGACCAUUCUGCAGCGGUGAAUGGUUAGUCUGCUGUAGGCAUCAUGUAUGUCUCGGACAUCUUUAUGACUCCAGAGUCUCUCACCAACAGCACUUGCUCGAGGCCUAAAAUUUAAAUCACAUGUCUCCCAACACAAUUUAAAUGCAUUUUUUCUUAAAUAGGCAAACCAGAUGCUUGGGAAAUUCCUAGUGGAUAGAAACGCAAGGCUUAGGCACCUUAAUUCAAAUAUUAUCACUUAAAUUUCAUACCAUAGUCUUGGAGUAAGGUUGGUUGCAUCCACAUAUUCUCCCCAUAGGCAAGCUUCUCCGCCAAGGACACGCUUUCUCUCUUUGUCAGAACCUACAUUAAAACCAUUGUUAGGAAGUUGCAACUUGAGGCUUAUGUAUGAGGCAAUGCUGAUUUCUCUUGUUAUCCUAGGGUGACAAUUUUUUCUCCUGUGUAGUCAACAGGACCUUGGGAGAUGUUCAUGGGUAUGGCACAAAAAAAAGGUGAGAAGCUAUUCCCACACUGAACCAGUAGCCAGUAUAUGUCAAGUAAGAGGGUGGGCCAGUGUUAAAGAUACCACUGUAUUUUGGUUUUAUGCAAACUUAUUUGGACAGCAGAAACCUUUAUCCCCUGGUUGCCUGUGUAUAGUAUGGCAGGGACUACUAGUAACCACCACUCCUGCCUUCAAAAUCUUUCUCUUGGUAUUAAAGAGACUAAGUAUCUAAUACUUUGUCUUAGAGUAAUUAUGACUUUUUGAUUCUCAGCAAAUGCUUUUUUAGAGGAAGAGUUAUGUAAAUUCCUAAUAGGCCUACAAUUUUUUUUUUUAAUUAGGGCCACACCCAAGGCUAGUGGAGGUUCCCAGGCUAGGGGUCGAAUCAAAACUGCAGCCUAGGAAUUCCCGUCGUGGCGCAGUGGGUUAACGAAUCCGACUAGGAACCAUGAGGUUGUGGGUUCGAUCCCUGCCCUUGCUCAGUGGGUUAAUGAUCUGGCAUUGCCGUGAGCUGUGGUGUAGGUCGCAGACGCGUCUCGGAUCCUGCAUUGCUGUGGCUCUGGCAUAGGCUGGCGGCUACAGCUCUGAUUAGACCCCUAGCCUGGGAACCUUCAUAUGCCGCAGGAGCGGCCCAAGAAAUGGCAAAAAGACAAAAACAAAAAAAAAGAAAAAAAACCUGCAGCCUACACCACAAUGCCUGAUCGUUAACCCACAGAGUGGGGCCAGGGAUCAAACCCCUGUCCUCAUGGAUACUGCUGACCCACAGUGACAACUCCAGUUUUGAAACUUUUAACAGAAUCCUGUUCCUCAAAAGAAAUUUUAUAUAAAAGUCUAGUGUACAAAACUAGACAAAGAGAACUGCUCUAUUAUGAAAGGGGUUUGAGAGCCUGGAAAUCGCUGAGUAGGACGAGAUCCCUGCUUAGGUAUCAUACCUGAGAGAUGGAGCUCAGGAGAUAAGAGGUUAAUGCAGUCACGUGUCUUUAAAUGUUGAGUGAUAACAAGUCUUAGUAAAAAUGGAGCUAAAAUCUAAGGGAAGUUCUUCCAUAAAGUUUAAAACAAGACUGAGGUCAGUCUGUUUAAGUAUACACAAGCAAAAUCAAGGAUCAAAUUUGAAAGGAAGGAUAGUUAGUAGGCAGUAUCUAGGAAGGAUUUCCUGGUAGGAAGAUAGGGGAAAAAACCUAAAAAUGAAGUAAUGAUGGUUGUUGCUUCACUUACCAGGAAAAUCUUGAGGUUCCACUUCAUAGUAAUUCUUCCAAUCUUGUCCAUAACUGAUCAAGUCUAAGUACCAUGGAGCAGAAAGGAUCACAGGGAAGCCAGCUUUCGUAAUAAGACUUUGUUCCCAUUUAUAGUCUUCUAUUUUCCAUACCUGAACUACUGUGCCGGGCAUAAACUGUUAAAAUUGCAAUAUGUAUUAUUAGGUCUAGCAACUACAGUGGAAAAAAAUUAAAAGUUCAAAGGCACUGUAGCUAAGAAAGUAACUUAAGAUCCUUGAAAAAAGCAACAUUUCCUCCUUUCCUCUUAAUGUCAAACACUAUUUGUUAUAGGGACUUAAAAUUAUCCAAAAAUAAAUAUCCUGAAAGUUGGAUAUUUAACUUUUGUCCAUAUGUGAUACCAUACAGGUAUAAUGAAUUAAGGCUUUAGUCCCAUUUCUUCUGUAUUGUUUUAUCUACUUUAGAAAAUUGCCCUAGAGGAAAAAGAAUUCUAUGUCAGAAAUGCCAUUUAAAAUAACAGCAAUAAAGACAUAGUUGUUCUGCCCUUCUGAGAAAGGGAAUGCUCUUCACAGCCCUUCAAUUUGUGAUUCAUGAGAUAGUCAGGAUAGGCACUAAAGAAUGAAGUACAUGGAAGAAAUGCAACAGAUACCCUAUCACUGGUCUCAGCAUACAGCUCUUGCCUAACAAAAGCUUAAAUUAAUAAGUAAGCUCAUUGCCCCAACAUUAUGAGGAUAGCCUCAUUAGGGUUCUGGCCAUGUAAGAUGUUAGAGUAUUACAUCUCUCACAUAUCUUCAGAAUCAAAUUCAGUCUUCAUUUGUCUCACCUUGUCUCUGCCAUCAAAAGCCUCUUGCCAGACUAUGGGUCUCUUCUUCAUGGCUGAAAUCAUAUUUGAAAUCCUACCAUUGAAAAAAAAUCACAAAGUUAUUCCAGAUCACAAAAGCUUACUGAUAUGUCCAAGGGAUGCGCAUUUUAUACCAAGGACUGCAACACGGAGUAGUGCCUUUCAGAUCAGCUUUACAACAGAUCUAGCUAAAGUUGGGUGGUGGCCCACUUGGGUCCUUCUUUCUAGCACAUGGCUCAGAACCUGACCCAGCAGAUGAGUUUGUUAUUUGCUGAAUGAAUGAGCUACACAUGCCCCAAAGACAGGUAGAUAUGGCAACUCCGAAGAGUGUACAAAAGCAGUGUUUGGUGAUCUCAUGGGUAUCUUAGAAUAAAGGAAACUAGAAACCAGCUUGAGAUGUCACCUAAAUAACUUCCAACAGUGGUGACAACCAAUCCACAGUUUUUCCCUGAUAUUCAGACAAUGGCAGGUGCUCUGCAGGAUAAUAACAAUUAGACUAUCACACAAAGAGCUUAACGGAAAAAGCUAGAAUCUAGGCUUGUUCGAUGCAUGGGUUCACAAACUAGAGUCUGCAGCCCAUUUUUGAAUGGCUCAGGAGCUAGGAAUGCUGUUUAUAUUUGUAAAAUAUUGUUUAAAAAGAAUAUAAAAAUACACGAACAUAUAUGCCCCAGAAAGUCCCCAAUAUUUAUUAUCUGGGACUGCCCCCCACCUUUUCUUUUUGGGUCUGGGGCAUACGGAGUUCCUGGGCUAGGGGUGGAAUCAGAGCUGCUGGCCUACACCAACAACAACACAGGAUCUGAGCUGCAUUUGCAACCUUAAUCCACUGAACGAGGCCUGUGAUCAGACUUACACCCUCACGUUCACUAAGUUGGGUUCUUAACCACACUGGGAACUCCCACUGUCUGGCCCUUUACAGGAUGAGUUUACUGCUUCCUAGUAUAGAGUAGCACUGCCCAGUGUAACUUUCUGCAGUGAUGGAAAUGUCCUUCUGUACAUUCUGACAUGGGAGCCACUAGCCUCAUGGGGAUGUUAACUGAACACUUGAAAUGUGGCAUAUGGACUAAGGAACUGAAUUUUUAAUUUUCUUUAAUUGAAAUAGGAACAGUGGCUGUGGCUCCUGUACCAGACAGGAUAUGUAUAAAGUAAAAGAGAAGCUGCUGGAGUUGACAAAGGGAAUGUGUUCUAGGGGCUGGAUGGUGACGAAGAAUUGCAGGCUUAAAGUCAGGGUUUUGCGUUCUUGUAAAAGAUGACUGCUGUCCUAUGUUUCAACAGUUACUGCAAAAGGAUCCGAGUCACCGUGUUACUGAUUUAAAGAAAAGAGUGGCUACUGCUCCCUCCUUUAUGAUUUUUCAUCUAUGUAUGACAAAGAGUGUAACACCUUUACUUUGGCAGUGGGUAAAGAGAAAAUGAGAAAUUAAAAUAGUACUAAGUAACAGCUCAAACUCCUACAAAAGGCACUGAUGAAAUAAAAACAGAAGGAAGCUUUUAAGUAACUUACUUGAACACGUAGAAAGAUUGGAGUUUAGUGAAAUUUUUGCUAAAGCCUUUUUCCUGCAUGAACUGCAGGAUUUCUGAAUUGGAUGCCCUUAAACAAAAAUAGUGAUGAAAAUUUCAGUAAAAGUUUAAUAUGCCCAGUAUUCUUAAAGCAACAUAUACCCCUCACAUUAUCUGUACAGAUUUUAAACUAUUAGGUUUGUAGAGAGUAAAGUAAGCUUAAAAACUUGAGAUAUCUUAGUUUUCCACUGCAAAACAAUUUUAUAUGUAGCCUUUUUUUAACUCUCCCGUUUUUUUCUUCAUCUUAAUUCUCCUUCCUAAAAUCUUUUACCUUGUCACAUAACCCGUAUGUACAUUCUGCAAAAAUUCACCAUCUCAGGAGUUGUGCUGCCAAGUUAAAACCUUACAGAUGUUACCCCCUCAUCUUCCCCUUUCACGUGGAGACCUCUCUACCUUACUUCGUGUGCCACAGUUCAAAAAAGUUUUAACAAGUGGUCGUACCAACAAUCAAAGUCUACUUCAUCUCCUCCAAUAUGAAUGAAUUCAUCUGGAAACACGGUACUAAUUUCUUUGAAAAAUUUAGACAGGAAGUUAUAAGUUGUAUUCAAAAUAGGGUUAAUAGGUCCAAAAGUCCCAGAGAGAACUUGUUUUCUAUAACAUGGCGUCAGGAGGUCUUUCUGGCCUGGAGGAAAACAUGAAGAAUUGUUGUAAAGAAGUAUUUUCCGUCACAAAGAAAUGGCUUUGCAUGAUUAUACUACUUUAUUUUGUGGAAGCUCUAAGAGACUUUAUACAAAGAUAAGCAUGUUUACUAAGAAUUACUAUGUCAUUUCUUCCAAAUAAAAGAGAGAAUUGCUUCCUGAA